AACACUCCGGCCGGCUCGGUUUGCAAUUUCCCGAAUCCCGGGCGGGUGAAGAUGCGAAAGGGGAUCCAGAACCGAUCAGACCAGGAAGGCGGCGAUGGCGGACGAGAAGACGAAGGCGGCGGCGAGGGAUGAACUUGCGGAAUCAUUGGCGGACCUCUUCACCAACAUCUCCACGAUGGUCAAAGGCGAGCUCGAGGGAACAAAUAACCAGCUAUUGCUGCUGGAGAAAAUGAACCAGAAAGUGGCCGAGGAAUACAAUGGCUACGGAGACAUUGCAUCUGGUCUGAGAGUAUUCGUCGAACAGUUAAGUGCAAAAAACCAUGGUUUUGCAGAGUAUGUCCAACGAAUCGAGAAGAUAGAUCAGCAAGUAACUGAAUUUGAAACUGUCAUAUCGAUGCUUGAUAGAUACACCUCUUUGCUGGAAAGGAAAGUGCAAUCUGCUUGUCACAAAAUGCCUACUACAUGAAAAUUUGCUUGCAAAUCAACAAUUGUAUCCCUCCUGUAACAACACUCAAAUCAUUCGAAUGGAUGCUUGUUUUGUGACAUCCGCUUGUGAUCGUGUUGUUACGAUUGUCAUAUCUACCUCAAAGUUAUCAUCUGUGGAUUUACGACUUGUUUGUUUGCCGAAGAAUAAUUUAUUUGUGUUA